UUCCUUUGCAAAGAUGGCAACCGAGGGGCUGCACGAGAACGAGACCCUGGCGUCGCUGAAGAGCGAGGCCGAGAGCCUGAAGGGCAAGCUGGAGGAGGAGCGGGCCAAGCUGCACGACGUGGAGCUUCACCAGGUGGCAGAGCGUGUGGAGGCACUGGGACAGUUUGUGAUGAAGACCAGGAGAACCCUGAAGGGCCAUGGAAACAAAGUUCUCUGUAUGGACUGGUGCAAGGACAAGAGAAGAAUUGUGAGCUCUUCCCAGGAUGGGAAGGUGAUCGUGUGGGAUUCCUUCACUACCAACAAAGAACACGCCGUGACGAUGCCGUGUACCUGGGUCAUGGCAUGUGCUUAUGCCCCUUCUGGAUGUGCCAUUGCUUGUGGUGGCCUGGACAACAAGUGUUCUGUGUACCCUCUGACAUUUGAAAAAAAUGAAAAUAUGGCUGCAAAGAAGAAAUCUGUUGCAAUGCACACGAACUACUUGUCUGCCUGCAGCUUCACUAACUCAGACAUGCAGAUCCUGACAGCAAGUGGAGAUGGAACUUGUGCUCUAUGGGACGUUGAGAGUGGGCAACUUCUACAGAGUUUCCAUGGUCAUGGAGCUGAUGUCCUGUGCCUGGACCUGGCCCCUUCUGAAACGGGAAAUACAUUUGUCUCUGGGGGAUGUGACAAGAAAGCCAUGGUUUGGGACAUGCGGUCUGGACAGUGUGUGCAGUCAUUUGAAACCCAUGAUUCAGAUAUCAACAGUGUCAGAUAUUAUCCAAGUGGAGAUGCUUUUGCCUCUGGUUCAGACGAUGCCACGUGUCGUUUAUAUGACCUUCGUGCAGACAGAGAAGUAGCAAUUUAUUCCAAAGAGAGCAUCAUUUUUGGAGCAUCCAGUGUGGACUUCUCUCUCAGUGGUCGCCUGCUGUUCGCAGGCUAUAACGAUUACACCAUCAAUGUGUGGGAUGUGCUGAAGGGGUCCCGUGUGUCCAUUCUGUUCGGACAUGAAAACCGUGUCAGCACCCUGCGAGUCUCUCCCGACGGGACCGCCUUCUGCUCGGGCUCCUGGGACCACACGCUCCGGAUCUGGGCGUAACCUGAGAUCCUGUAUGCAGAAUCAAAUGGAGACUGAAACCCUGGACUACAAAAACUGCAUAAAGAAGCCAUUCCUCAAAAUCAAAUAUUCACUACAGUCCAAAAGAGUGACACUCAGCCCACAGAUUAACACAACUAGGUAGAAAAUGUAGUCUGCUUGAACACAUAGCAAACAUCAACUUGUAGUAAAAUGAAAUGUUUUAAUUUUUUUUUGAAACUAUAUUCUUUUAUUAGAAUUAGUUUCAUUAUUUAUAAAGGGACUUUUCUCCAAAGUCACCUGUAUCAUAGAAUUGAGUAUUUCAGUGCACAUUAUGUAUUUAUUUGCAUGCAUUUAGUUCCUUUUUAAGUAAAAAAAAAGUCCUGAUUUUAUCAGGAUAAAGCAAAAGGCUUUGGAAACAUUCCGUAGUGGCAUAUUGAAUUUCAGUGUUGAAAAAUGGAAAGAGAAACAAUUCUGAUACUUUAUGAUGGUGUUAUGGAUGACUGAACCUUGGUGGUAAGUAGAGGAGCAAAGGACCUACUGUGAAGGUACUGGCUGCUGUCAUAGAAAUGUAUUUUUUGUACAGAAAAAAAAUCCCUUCAAUCCCUGUUUUUUCCUACUGUCUUUUUAUAUAGAAAUAAGUAUUUCAUCUCUGUUACCUGAAUAUAAAGAAUCUAAAUAUAUACAAACUUAUAAACAGCAAAGAGGAGGGAUAUAAACAUGAUUUACAUAAUCAUGAGGUAAUACUUAACCAGUAGUUUCUUAGAAAUUUUUAAUUGUAUCACUUGGUGAGUGAAUUUUCUUUUACUUAAAGAAAUACUACAUGCUAAGCACUAAGGGAUACUACACGCUAAGCAUUAAGCACCAUUAUACUGAUGGUCAAAUCUUUUCCAAGUCAGUCAUAGUCAUUCUAUGACCAUGAUUCUUAUUUGCAUUUUGAGCAGUUCAUGCAACUUUGGCAAGGCAAUGUAGCUUAAAUGUAUAUUAAAGCAGUAUAUGCCCACCUUAAGGUCCUUCUGCAAUGUUCAUGCAAAUACAGGUGGAAUCAUACAGUCCUUACUGUCACAGUCAUCUCCCACUGCCAUGGACAUGGUUUUGUCUUAUUUGGACUUGAGGGUGAAUAACAGUGAGCUGUUGGAAAUCUGCUGUGAGCCACAGUCCUGCCAGUGCUUGAUACUGAGCUGACCAGAGCACGUGACUCCAUCUGAUCCAGGAGUCACUGCUUUUCAGGAGAGCAGGACAGCUGGCCACAUUGCUGGCAGCACCCAGCCCUCUGUGUGAGCAUGGGAAUGCCAUAAGGACUGGCAGGACCACCCCACACAGAAGUGAUGCUCUAGAAUCAAGAUUUAAUUAGAUUAAUUAAUUAUGGAACCAUUGUGAGAUUAUAUCUGCAUUCAUACAUUGAAAACUAUUGGGGCUAGAGUGUUCAGCUCUGCUUAUACCAACAGGUUCUGAGUCUCACCUGAGCACAGGCACAAAGAGCUGGAGUAAUGCUGGGGGCUUGCACAACCUGCCCUUUGAAAUGCAGGUGGUGAGGUACAGCUCUGAAUAUAUCAUAGAUAUGAUUUGUAUUUAGAUUGGAACAAGAGAAAAGCUUACUGGAAUGAACCUGUUUACAAGCUCACUGGUCACUAGAGUUUAAUGAUAACAUCCUCACUCUAUUUGCAAGUGGUAUUUUUUUACAAUUAUAUAAAAAUCAUAUUAGAAACAAAGUCUCCUCAUCCAUGAAAACCUUAGGUUCUGUGAAUCCAUAACCAGUUAACCUAAGACACUGACAUUUAUACCAGCUGUCCAUCCCAAAUGGAAUAGGUCAGCUGUUUUCACUUGGAAAAGUCAACUCUGAUGCUUUGCAAUAUUUGUGGAAAACUAUCCCUGUAACAAACUGAAUGCACUAUGGAAAUGUCAUAUAGAACUCACUGUGCAAUAUUGAGUCAAUACACUGUACACAUUUGAUCAAAAGAUUAAUAUUAAUGUUUAGGUAGUAUUUAUUGGCAAGAUGUUUGUUUCAAACAUAAUACAUUGUGUGGAUACUUAUGAACAGCCUAAAUACAAUAAAUUGUAUUUUACAUAUUGAGAA